UCUCGCCCUUUACAAGAGGAAAAGCCCACGCGUUUCGCUCGUUCAGCCAGUUGAGACUCUUUUCACAUCAGUUUUCAUGAUGCUGACUUGUCUGGUUGGGGGACGCAACUUGCUUGAGGCGACGUUGCAUGACGACACCUAGCAAGUAUCCUGUGGGAGCGGAGGCUGUUGCCCCAAGUGAGAUUGGUUCGUCUCCAGAUUCUCGGUGGCAGCAGGGUGGCGGGUAUGUGCUUCCGUGGAUCAUGGAUGGCGUCAACCUCGACAGGGAUCGAGGGCGACCGGACAAGGAUGAGGAGGACGGUGAUCCUGAGCCUGAGGUGUGGGGGGCGAGACCUGUUGGUACCGUCGGCAAUCGAGAGAUUUGGAGGCAGAUCGAGGACUUUCGUAAGGAUGACAUAAGCCGUCCACGAGAGGUGUUAAUCAUAUUUAGGGAUAGGGCAGCCACUCUGCCCCCUUUCGACCAUGUGACCCCUCCCCCAUCCCACGCAGCAGCAGAGGGUUCUCUGGUAGUCGAUCAGGAUGGAGAGGACGAUUGGAUGGACCCAGAGGACAUUGCGGGGGCACCGACAAGACGGUGGAGCAAGGUAUACUUCACGAACGGCGGCGGAUCGGACGGCCAUGCACCACGGACGUCCAUCAUCACGGACGAUGUUGCAGGCGGGGCACAGGGUAGAAACUGGAGCUUAAUCAAUAGAUGGUGGGAUUCAUGGAGGGGAGGAGGAGAUGUGGACGAUGGCAGUGUGCCUUUGGAGGAUGACGCAACACAGGUUGAGGAGGGAGCAGGGAUCCACGCAGGGCACAAUGGCAUGAGCGACGCUAGCAGGCAAGGAUCAUCUCCACGAGGUGCACGAGUCGACAUGUCCCUUGCGAUGAUUGUCAGGCCCCCAUUGGUGCGAGAUGGCGAGACUAGAUGGCAUGCUGACUCGGGCCGCCCGGUCUCUUUCUUUCCUAGUGGGUACUCCGGGGAGAUGCCUCGGUGGGAUGGCGGGGAAUCGGGGGAGUGCACACCGACCACUUUACAUCCGGAGCAGCUGGAGAGGUUGGGGACGGAGGACCCUUUCCCGUGCACCGGUGGGCUGGCCUCGCCUCCCACGUGGGCACCAGUGAGCCCUAGGUGGACUGGAUCAUCGCACUCCGACAUCUGUGAGCGGGAGUCCUUGGACAGUCAGGCAGCAGUGUUUUCAGGUGGGGUUGCCAGCAGCCAGAUGCAGCCACCGCAACGCCCUUUAUCUCCAGCAUUGUAUCAGGGACCGGCGCUGGCCACAAGUCUUCCACCGACUGGUGGUCGAGGCACCGGGCGGGGAUCUUCUUCAAGUCAUCGAGGUGGCCGUUUUGGGGGGUGGUCGUCUUGCAGACGAGUGACGAACCGUCCGAGGAGGGACUACAGCAGAGGACAGGGGCUGUUCGCACGAGGACCAUCGGAGGAGGGAGUGCCUGCAGUGGGUGCGAGUGAGGCUAGACGACGUAUACUCGGAUUGGAUAAAAUUGGGAUGAGGAGGACCGAGAGGGUGGAGGCAUAUCCGGCCCAAUCAGCCAUCUAGGAUAGACGUCAGGGACUAGAGUACAUAUCGGGCAAGGAUGAUUUGCAUAUGCCACAGGGGGCGAGACGGCAAGUUGCAGCU